GAUCGGUUGGAGGUAAAGUUCACCCUUACUAAGGCCAAGGGUUAAGUUUACCCUUGAAAGUUAGCCAUACUGCGCAUGCGCAGUUCGCCGAGGGUUCAUCACUAAAUACGGUAGUACUUAGUAUAUAGGGAUGACACAGGUUGUCCUGCAUUAUGCCCAUACAUUGGGUGGUGGAUGUGUUCCAGGUGGCCAAGGCCAUGAGAGUUCAGAAACCUGGAGCCAUACAAACUUUGGAGCAGUAUCAGUCGAUUUUUGAAGCUCUUUUGGUAUUCAUUGACUCGUUUGAAACAUACUCAAAUUUU